UGCUCCAAGUAACAGUCCCUAAGAAUUAAAGCGUCUAAACGAGAUAUGGAGAAUCAUCAGAAGACGAGUUUCACCUUUGAGAUAGAAAACUUUUCAGAGAGGAAAUAUUUGAUAUGGUCUCCUAUAUUCAUAAGCGGCCAAUGCCAUUGGUUUGUUAAAGUUUAUCCGAUAAAAGACAAUAACUACGAUCACGUGUCUGUGUAUCUGCACGUUGCGAAUCCUCAAUCACUACGACCUGGAUGGAAAAGGAGAGCUCAUUUUUCAUUGAUUCUGUCUAAUCAAUCAGGCAAAGAGGUCAAAAUACCAUCUGAUUCAUGCGACUUGUUCUGCACUGAGUUGUCAUCGAGUUAUCCCAAAAUAUUGCCUCCUAUCAAGCUUAAAGAAGAAGGGUUUUUGGAGAACGACAAACUGAUCAUUACGGUGGAAGUAAAAGUAGUUGAAGUUGUUCAUCCAGGAGAGUUAACUGGGAAGGAGAUGGUAGAAUUCAAGGAAUUACAGGAUCUUUACAAUGGGGUCCAACAAAAUAAGGAAGUUGUUAAGAAUUGUGAGCUGAUGAAUAUGGACAUGAAGCAGGACAGUUUGAAGUCAAAUCAUCAUGAGGUUUCCUUGAAGGACAAGAAACGAGAUGAUGCUGAUGAGUCUCGGUUCCAAAAACUAGAGGAACGCCUCAAGAAUCUCGAGUUGAUGGAGUUGGACUGUUUGAAAUCAAAGCUUGAGGAAGUUUCGAUAAAGAAUAAGAAAGCAGAUGCUGAUAGGUCUCGGGUCCAACGACUAGAGGAACGCCUCAAGAAUCUUGAGCUAAUGGAUUUGGACUGUUUGAAAUCAAAGCUUGAGUUAGUUUCGAUAAAGAAUAAGAAAGCAGAUGCUGAUAGGUCUCGGAUCCAACGACUAGAGGAACGUGUUAAGAAACUUGAGCUGAUGGAAUUGGACGAUUUGAAGUCAAAGCUUGAGGAGGUUUCCUUGGAGAGGAAGAAAUCAGACGAUGCUUAUAGGUCUCGGGUCUACCAACUCGAGGAAUGCUUCAAGAACCUUGAGCUGAUGGUGUUGGAUUUCAAAGUUGAACUGGACAAGAAAAAGGACAAAUCUUGUGAUGAUGGAUUUUUGUUGGUCGACGAGUUUGCUUAAUGUAGAGAGAUCAAGUGGUUAGUAGUUUAUAGAUUUUAUUUAAUAGACACUAUUAUCGAUUCAUUUAU